GGCCGGGGAGGGCUGACGCCUGCCUUCUUGCUUGCGGGAGAGUGGCGAGGGAAGAUGGAGGAAGGGAAAGCGUAUUCACCAGAUGGGGUGUUUGCUCACCUGGAAAUGCUGGAGGCGCGGGCUUAUGAGGCAGCCGUGAAGCAAGAGGAAACAGAGCAGCAAGAAGAGAAGCUGGCCAGGCUGAAAGCAAGAGUGCAGGAGCUGAGACUCCAGAGGGAUGAGCUGCGGGCUAAAGUGGACCUGCAGCAAAAGGGGCAACUUGGGAAAGAAGGAGUCGUGUCGGAUCUGGCACAGCCCAGUGCUCGGGCUGUUUUAGAGUGGAAGAUAAAAAGCAUUAAGGCCAUGCUGGAGGUCUUUUACCUCACAGGGAUCGCUGGGAAGCUGACCAAGCGGGGAGUGUGUUUCUGCAUCAGCACGGCUUACGAGGGCACCUACUUGGAUUCCUACUACCUGGACCUGCUCGCCAAGGCAGAAGUGCAGAUUCACCGCCACUCCGUCCCCAUCUUCAUCCCCCUGGAGCAGAUCGCCAAGAAGUACUUGCAGACGGACAUCAGGCGCUUCUUGUCUGUCCUGUCCGACCACCUGAACGCUUACGUGGGGAGGAGGUACCAGGCAGACCAGUUACAGGAACACUUUUCAGACCAGAUAGAAGGAACCUUGCAGAGGAACUCCUUGUGUAACUUGCUGGUCUUCAAUUACAAAGUGUCAAGUAAAAGCAAGACCUUUCCGUUCAACGCGAGGCUGCUUUAUGGAGAUCUCUGUCGCAGCCUCCCCACUGAAGUCAUCGUUUCCUGCACACCGGACGCUCCCGCAUCACUAGCAGAGACGGCAGCGGCUCACUCGGACUUGUUUCGCCGCGGGGCCCUGCACAAAGCCUUCCGCUCCUUCAGCAGCGCUGAAGAAAGCGGCGAUGGAGCUCCGUAA